CAAACCGGAAGUGGCCCAGAGCGGCCAUUUCGCUUGUGUUGGCAACUGUCCUAAUCCGUUUAUCGCCUGCGGGACGCCGAGGAUUUCUGGGGUCUCUGCAGAGCCCCUGCCUCAGGCCGCAUCACUGAGGCUGCAGGAUCUCCCUUCACACCCCAGCCCGACUCUUCCCAGCAGUUCUGAUAGGACUGAUCGGAGCCUCCUGAUAUCCAACCAACUCCAGGCUCCUGGGAAAAGUGGAGUUGUCGGCAAAAGAGACCAAGAGUCGAAGCCCAGAAGGGCCAUGCUUGCUGAUGGGAAUUUGCCCCAGAGGCCCCAGGGCUUGGGUCCAGAGGAGCUGGAUGUGUCAUGUGAGGAGUCACUGUCAUUUGAGGAUGUGACCAUGGACUUCAGCAGGGAGGAGUGGCUUCAGCUGGACCCUGCCCAGAGACGCCUGUACCAGGACGUGAUGCUGGAGAUCUACAGCCACCUCUUCUCAGUGGGGUAUCAUAUCCCCAACCCAGAGGUCAUUUUCAGCACAGAAAAAGGCGAAGAGCCGUGGAUGGGGGCAGCUGAACGCCGACAUCAGAGGUAUCAAGAUGGGGAGCUUGGGGUUGAAACCCUACAACAGGAGUUUUCUGAAAAUGCUUCAUCUCACAAUGAGAUGGUGGGUGAAGUCACCAGAGACGGCUCCUGGCGUUCCAUUUUAGAGGAACUGUGGGAAGAAGCUGACCAAAGAAAGAGAGACCAGGAAAAUCAAAAUAAACCUUCACAUCAGGGGGCUCUCCUUGAUAAGAAAAAACGGAACACAGAGAGGGACCAUGAAUACAGGGACCCUGGGAAAAUCAUCCUUAUGAGGCCCCACCUUGUUUCUUUACUAAAAAGACCUCCUAAACAUGGCUCAUGUGCACAAAGGUUGAAGCCUAUCCUAGAAGUAAGUCAAAAUCAAAGCAAUAUUUCAAAACACCCUGAUGAGACUCUUGGAUCUGGGCCGCUCUUCACCCACAGCUCUUCCAACACCAGCUGCAAGAACACGCAUACAGGAGAGAAUGUCCAUGACAGUAACCCAUGUACGAAAAUCUUCAGCCAUGAACAGCCACUCACACGACAUCAAGUUCAUACUCAGGCAAGACCAGCUAGGUGCACCGAAUGUGGGAGGGAUUUCACUCCAAAGUCGUACCUCCUUGAGCAACAGAGAUUCCAUAGCGUAGAAAACCUCCAGGAAUGCAGUAAAUGUGGAAAGGCCUUCACCCCACAACCAAAACUUGGUGUCUCUGUGACAGGCCAUGCAGGUAACAUACCUUAUAUAUGUAAGGAAUGUGGAAAGGUCUUCGUUCAAAGGUCAGAGCUGGUUACACACCAGAAAACUCACACUAGAAAGAGGCCCCAUAAAUGCCAGGAGUGUGGAAAAGCCUUUUCCCAGAUGUUAUCUCUCUUCAGACAUCAGAGAACUCAUACUAGGGAAAAGCUCUACGAAUGCAGUGAAUGUGGGAAAGGCUUCUCUCAGAAUUCGACACUUAACAUACAUCAGAAAAUUCAUACCGGGGAGCGGCAGUAUGUAUGCGGUGAAUGUGGGAAGGCCUUCACCCAGAAGUCAACGCUCAGCUUGCACCAGAGGAUCCAUUCAGGGGAGAAGUCCUAUGUGUGUAUUGAAUGUGGCCAGGGUUUUAUCCAGAAGGCACACCUGACUGUACAUCAAAGAAGCCACACAGGAGAGAAACCUCAUCAGUGCCAUAACUGCGGGAAGUCCUUCAUUUCCAAGUCACAGCUAGAUAUACAUCAUCGAAUCCAUACAGGGGAGAAACCUUAUGAAUGUCGUGACUGUGGGAAAACCUUCACCCAAAAGUCACACCUCAACAUACACCAGAACAUUCACACUGGCGAAAGAUACCACGUGUGCAGUGAAUGUGGGAAGGCCUUCAACCAGAAGUCAAUACUCCGCAUGCACCAGAGAAUUCACACUGGAGAGAAGCCUUACAAAUGCAGCGACUGUGGGAAAGCCUUUACUUCCAAGUCACAGUUCAGAGAGCAUCAGCGAAUCCACACUGGAGAGAAACCCUACGUGUGCACUGCAUGUGGGAAGGCUUUCAAUGGUAGGUCAAAUUUCCAUAAACAUCAGAUGACUCACACUAGAGAGAGAACUUUUGCCUGUUACAGGUGUGGGGAUGCCUUCCUCCAGAAGUCAGAGUUGAUUACACAUCAGAGAACUCACAUUGGAGAAAAACUUUAUGAGUGCUGUGACUGCGGGAAAUCCUUCAGCAAGAAACCACAACUCAAAGUGCAUCAACGAAUUCACACAGGAGAGAGACCUUAUGUAUGUUCUAAGUGUGGGAAGACCUUCAACAACAGGUCAAAUUUUAAUAAACACCAAACAACUCAUACCAGAGACAAAUUGUACAAGAGCAAUUAUUCUGUGAAAGGCUUUAUCCAGAAAUCAAUUCCUAGUUAUUAGCAUCAGAACAUACAUAAGUGAAACAAACCCUCUGAAUUUUUUUCUUUUUUUUUUUCUUUUGGUCAUGCCUGUGGCAUACAGAAAUUC